UGCUCUUAAAACACUAUUGGCCUCGAGCUCUCGAACUACGUCGGUCGAUUUAAAUAGGCGGAUCCGAUGAAACAAAGUUCAUUCGAUCGACGAUGGAAAUGUUUCUGCCGCUUCUGGUUUCCCUUUUGACGGUGGCUCACGCUCGAGUGCAGACCGUGAACGGUAAAAUAAAACUGGAGAUCGGCGUGACGUCGCGAUGUGACGACGCGCACAAUUUUAUCAACGCUUUCGCGCCCGUCUACGAGAAAUACGAGCGAUUCUUGGACGUGGAAUUCGUGCCCUGGGCGCGGACGCGGCGCGUCGGAGACGAGCUACAAUGCCAAUUCGGAUUCGAGGAUUGCUGGGCCAACCGCGUCCAGCGUUGCGUUCUCGACGGUCUGCCGGACGAACGCUCGGCCGUCGAGUACAUGCGCUGCGAGUUCACGCGGCCUCUGCCGGCCUACUCGGGCUCGUACUCUUGCGCCCGGGCGGCGGGUCUGCGCCUCGUCCACGUGGACUACUGCGUCUCGACCACCGGAGAGGACCUGGACAAAGAGUACGAGGCGAAAGCGACGGAGCCCAUGCGCAUCGUCGGCUUCGUGCCGUACAUCGUGGUGAACGGCGUGGCGGACUUGGCUCUGUCCGAGUCGGUGCGUCUGGGCGCCGAGAGAGUGAUCUGUGCGGCGCUCGGCGACGAUCCCUCGACGGGCGUCGAUCCGGCGGACUGCCCCAACUGAUAACGAAAGAGUUAAUUUGUUCAAGCCGAUGGUGGACUACGAAAUCCCGACACGCGGCGGCAAUUACAAUGUUCCUUAUCAAUCUAAUCAAAUAUUAAAUUGGACAUAGAUAUUGAUAAUAAUUAUAAACCAUUAUUGAAUCAUGUUUAAGUCAUAUUUUAAUACGUGAGAGAAUUGUUAACUUACGUCGAAGUUUAUUUUUCUAGUUAUUAAACUAAUAAAUUGGGA